AUGCCGAAGCAGCCUCCCGCCUUCGAUCCCACCAUCUACGCCACCAAGAACCUGCCCGUCGACGACAUUGUCCGCCUCAAGGAAUGCUUCGACAUCUUCGACUACGAUAAGAGUGGAAACGUCUCCACUGAGGAACUGGCCACGCCAUCAGGGCACUCGGCCUCGAAAAAGAAGCUGGAAAGAUUCUCCAUAUCGUGCAGGCUCAGUCCUCGGAAACUGAAAUGGACUUCUAGACCUUCCUGCAAAUCUUCGGAUUCAACGGAGACAGCCAGAGAGUUCGCUGAGAUCUGCGAGAGUGUGGGUGAGCGUUUCUCUCAGGCUGAGAUCGAGCAGAUGAUUGAAUAUGCUGACAAGGACCGCGACGGCAGGAUCAACUACAAGGAGUUCUUUGACGUGGUCACCAAGGAAUACCCCCAGAUCUGA